GUAGUGUGUAAGAACCCAAUAAUUCGAACCGAACCAGAUCGUGUUAGCCCAAAUUUUGAUAUUGAUAGGCGAAUAUGUAAGCGAAAUUGCGCUGUAAUUUAUACACGUACGAUUAAACGAUUUUUUCUACCUAUAUUUAACCGAAGCAAGCGAUUUUCUAUUGCCGUUCCCCCCGCCUGACCUCCAUCAGGUCGUUAGGCUUGCGUGCCAGGAGCGACUGGAAGAGCGACUAGCUAACGAAAGUUUUUGGAUGGGGGCAAACGGAGCCAGGACACAUGGUUGGGGUUGAUUAGAAAAGGGACACCGCACGCACCCCAGGACACGAAAGAAGAGCACAGAUGACAAACCCAAAGCGGGGCUGGGGCUCAGUUGUCUGCAACAUGUCGUGCCAUGCUGGUGGCGGCAAUGGUGUUCGAAGCCUGCGCUAUCCUGCCGGAGGACAUGGCCGCUAUCAGGGCAAGUGGCUGAGGAACCAACACCACGGCUAUGGAGUGAAAUCGAGCCGUCGUGGAUUGGUGUACGAGGGCCAGUGGCAGCGGGGCCAACGUCAUGGCUACGGAUCCAUGCGGCGGGAGUCCCCUGAUGGCCAGGUGCAUCGCCUCUAUGUGGGUCAUUGGCGCCAUGACAAGCGCAGCGGGGAGGGAAAACAGUACUACGACGAUGGAUCCGUCUACUUUGGUCAGUGGCAGAUGAACAAGCGGCAAGGACGCGGCAUACAUUGGUAUGCGGACAGACGCGUCUAUGUGGGGGAAUGGCUCCAGGAUGCCAUGCACGGACGGGGCGUCCUCUUCUCGGCAAACGGAAAGCGCUAUGUGGGAGAGUUCCAGGAGGGCUGCAAGUCGGGCGCUGGCUUCUUCGACCACGGACAGAAUCGGAUUCAGUUUGGUCGGUGGGUCCAGGACAUCUGCAAGAGUUCGCUGAUACGCGUGCUCAAGCAAUAAGAACAUUUUAGACA